AUGAAAUCAGUAGUUAUCACUGGAUGUAACAGGGGAAUAGGUUUAGGUUUUGUUAAACAAUUACUAAACCUUCCAAGACCCCCCGAGCAUAUAUUUGCAACAUGCCGAAAUAAACAAAAAGCGGAACCAAUGAUUCAAAAAAUAUCAGAUACGGUUGGGGAAAAUGGUGUGAAUGUUCUUAUAAAUAAUGCUGGAAUAUCGACAAAAUUUACAAGAAUAAAUUUAGUGAAAGUUGAACAACUUUCAGAAAAUUUUCUAGUAAAUACUAUUGCUCCUAUUAUGCUAGCUAAAGCUCAUAUUCCUUUAUUAAAAAAAGCUUCGAAAAAAAAUCAUAAUUUACCAAUAGGAAUCUCUAGAGCAGCCAUUAUUAACAUUAGUUCCAUUUUAGGCUCUAUUGAAAAAAAUUAUGAUGGUGGAUUUUAUCCAUAUCGUUGUAGUAAAUCUGCUUUGAAUAUAGCUACCAGGUCAUUGAGUGCUGAUUUAAAAAAAGAUAAUAUAUUAGUUACAAGCAUACAUCCUGGAUGGUGCAAAACUGAUUUGGGUGGUAAAAAUGCUCCUCUCGAUGUCGAUGUAUGCGUUAAAGAAAUGUUAAAAACUCUUGAAACCUUAACAGAACAGAAUAAUGGUAACUUUAUUCAAUAUGAUGGUGUUAAAUUACCUUGGUAG